AUGACGCAAUUAUAUUUAACAGAAGAACAGUUUAUUGCAGUUAAAAAUCAUAAUUUUACAUUCGGAUCGGAUAGUAGUGCGUCAGAUAUAACAAAAUACGUUCUUCCUAAAGAAAUUGGAGUAAAAUAUUCUCCUCUUUUCCUAAAUUCACCGAAAAUACAACACAUUGCAGCUUAUUACGGCUAUAUCGAGCUACUCAAAUACCUAUGUAUACAAAAUGCUAACAAUAAUCGUGAUUUGAUGGAACCUGAUAAAAAUAGAUUGACAACAAUUCAUUUUGCGGCAGCCGGCGGCCAAUUCGAAACAAUAAUUUUUAUUGCUGACCAAGUAGGCAGUGAAGGAAUCAAAGAUGGAACGAAUAGAACGAUUGUACACUACGCUUGUCAAUUUGGACAUGUUAGGAUAUUAUCAUGGGCUUAUUCUCAUAAGAUAGACCUAGAAGAGAAUUGCCGUGAUGGUUAUCCUAUUCAUUUAGCUUGUUUUAACCAACAUUUUGAUAUUAUCGAAUUUUUAUGCCAAAAGAAGGUAAAUGUCAACCAAACGUUCUCAUUUAGAAACGAAAUUAUUACUCCACUUACUUUAUGCUUCAAAAAUGGCUUUUCUGAGGCAAUUCCUUUAUUAGCCUCAGCAGGAGCAGAUUUUUCAGCCAAUGACAAUUCGUGGCCAUUUAUUUUCACAUGCAUACAAAGAGGAAAGCUAGAAUACAUCAAACUACUGAUUUUUUACAAAUAUGAUAUCAAUAAAAAGGACAUAAUUGGCUGGACACCAAUCCACAAAGCUUGCUCGGUCAUGAAUGAAGAUAUUAUCGACUUACUACUCGAAAACAACGCAAAUCCAUGCGUAAGAACAAAUGCUGGCGCAACUCCAUUUGUUUUGGCCAGAAACAAGUGCGUGGUCGACGAACAAACAAAAAUUUUGGAAAAACUUCGUACAAAAAUUUGCGAAAUCAUGGCAAAAAGAUUUUUGAUGCAUGCUAUUUCUCAGAAGUAA